AUCCAAAUGAGCAUGGCUUUAAAACAACAAAAGACCAAACUUUGGAAAAUGAAGAAAAGCAACGAUGAAGACAACCUUUCUUCCAAAAGUCAUAAGACUCAAUGAAGCGAGUCUGAUACAAGGAUGAAAAGAUUAGAAAAAUUCAGGAAAUUUAAAUCUAAAGGUGAUCGCUGAGAUAAAGAGUACAGAAUUUCAAAGUUCCUCACCAACAUGAGAAUCGAGCAAACUCAUCCAGGUGACUUCAACUUUAUGAGAGCUGUUACAUGAAGGGACAACACAGAAAUGACACCAACGCUCUCUCUCGGAAAAAACUCUCUACUAUUGAAAAGGUCGAAGAAGCUAAGGCCUAUUUGAAACUUUUCUGAAUGAAUCAAUUAUGAGUAA